UUCUUUAGGAAAAUUGUUCACUAAAGGCAGCAGAGCUUUGCUGUCAAUCAUUCCCAUUGUCUUCUCUUAAAAAACUGCCUCGAGAAAGGCACCGGCAGAGGACGGUCAGGGGAAGAGCAGCCGGGACCUGUGCUUUAUUCUGCUGUUUCACUUACAAACCAGGCCGGUGAUGCAGAGAGAGCAAAACACAACAAACACGCCAUCACUGAGUGCCUCUGCAGUCUGCUGGCAGUGACACCAUGCGCUGUCCCAACGUGGGAGCAGGAGCUGAGACUCCCAGUACCAGCUAGGAAGAAAUUUGUUCCUCUGUGUGUGACAGCACCUCCAUGACAGCAGUGGCUGCUCAGCCCAGUGGCAGCAGCUCAGGCUUUUGCUCUACAGUAGGUAAAGACAAGUGCUAUAAUCCACUGUGUAAAAGGAGAAGACACGUGGCAUCUUGGCACCAGUACUAAUGAAGCUGACAGCCUUCUCUACUUUCUGGUUUUGGCUGGCUCUCUUUUUGGCUGGCUUCCUUGGCGUAUGCAUUACUGACAGUUUUGUGGGAAGUCAGAAGAACCAUACACUAAUUUUCACCAAGGAAAGCAAUAUUCGCAACUGCAGUUGCUUGGCAGAUAUCCGUGACUGUGACUACAGCCUGGCAAACCUGUUGUGCAAUUGCAGAACAGUGCUGCCUUCUACCAUGGAAAAAACUGACUACAGUAGCGACCUGACCAUCUGGUUCACAGACACCUCUGUGCUGGAGAUGCUCCUCAACUUUACAAUGGUGUGGGAUUUGAAGCUCUCCUUCUGUGGCACUACUCCUCUACCAACAGAAUACUUGACCAUUUGGGGACUGAGAAAGCUCCGGGUAAAAAAUAAGGUCAAGGGACGAUUUCCAGAGCAGAGCGUAACCAUCUACAGUAGCAGCAAGAGUGAAAAUGAAGACCUACUCACAGUGCGCAACAAAGACAGGCAAAUGUUAGUAUACAUUUCUUUUCUGGAUACCUCUCUUUUCAAUGGAUAUUCUUUGCUGAAAUCGUACAGCGUGGAAAAUGUCUCUAGUAUCACGGAGCACUUUCACAACCUGCUGUAUUCCAGUGUUUUCUCAACCUCAGAUAACAAAAGCUAUGUUGUAACAUUCAUUUACUGAGUUCUUUAGUACAGUCAGCCAAAGGCAUGGCAAACUGAUGAGAGAGAGAUGGGACCUCUCUGUUUGAUUUGGCCAGAAGGAGCCAUUACGGGAUGAACAGUUUUGACUGUGUACUCCACAAGGAGGCAUUUGAAGUAAUACAGACUCAUAUGACUAACUCAGUAAAUGCUUCCUUAAAGAACAAAGAACACAUGAAACAAGGUGAAAGCAUCACUACAAAUCUUACAUAUUGUAAACUAAGAACUAAACACAUGUUCUGUCCCCUGACAAUCUUGGUCGCUCUCCACUGGGCACACUCGGGUUGAUCCAUACUUUUCUUCCACUGAGGGAGGCCAAAACUGCCAGUAGUACUCUACAUGCAGGGAGAAUAAUCCCUUGCCUACGUUUACUGGCCUCACCCCUGUUGACAUAUCUCUAUGCUGUGAGGUUUGAGGCAUUUGAAACAGGCUGCCCAGACAGGCUGUGGAUACCUGUCCCUGGAGGUGUUCAAGGCCAGGUUGGACAGGGCCCUGGGCAGCCUGGUCUAGUAUUAAAGGUGGAGGUUGGUGGCCCUGCCUGCGGUAGGGGAGUUGAAGCUUGAUGAUCCUUGAGGUCUCUUCCAACCCAAGCCAUUCUAUGAUUCUAUGACCUGAGGUGGUUACAAGUUACCAGAGACAAACUGAGGGUGCUGGUUGCCCUUGCCCUCUGCUGAGUUGCCAGAGCUGGGAUCCCCAUGCUCUGGGGACCCAGUUGGGACACCCAGGCUGGGUGACAGAGCCUCUUAGGACAGCAGGGGCAGCUUUGCAGUCUGCUUCCCACCUUGGCAUAACCAAUGGUGCAUUUGUGAGAUGGCCAGCAAUCUGUGUUGGCUGGAGGUAUGGUGGGUUGUGUUUUCAGUAGAUGAGGGAGGGUGACCAGUCAUGUAGCAGGGUACUCUCAUCCUCCAUUCAUCGUGGGAAAGAGCUGGGCAAGGGGUCACCUGGCAAAACACCAUGAUUAUAAAGGUGUUUUUCCCAGUGAUGGCUCCUUUCCCCAAAUACAGCAGUUGACUUCAUCUUUUGUGAUAACAGUAAACUCUCCUCUCUAAGAAAAGGAGAAAAAAAACAAUCCUGUAACUCAUCUGAUAAGUGAGGCGAGGCUUCAGGCAGACAGGUAGCAAGCAGUUAUCAGCUGCAUUGUGGGAGAAAGAUUGCCUUUCCCUGAAAAACUUGUCAGGACAACGUCAAUAGCCAGAAGUCUACUCCUUGCCCACGUCUGCAGGAUUCACGUUCUCUGAGAUACAGUUAAGGCUGGGAUCAAUGGAUAUAGUAUACUAAAGGAAUAAUAUAUAUACUAAAGGAAUGCAAGUCCUAACAGAAUUGCAUUGCCAACAAAGGAUUACAUUUUUUUUUCUCUUGAUCUGGGAUAAAAUACAUGUACUGAGGGGAACACUUAGUAAGAUUCUGAGGAACCAAUGAAUUUGCUUCAACAACUUUAAGCUAAGCCUUGCCCAUCAUUGUAAUCAAUGGUGGACACAUUGAAUGGUAACACAGCUCUGUUUUUCAGAAUAUUUACAUACAUGCAUACCUUCAUUACCGCAGGCUUUGCCACUGAAAUCAGCAAUGUAAUAACUAUUAGGGUCAUCAGGUCUAUUUGCACUUGUAAAUUAACAGAUUUAAAGACAUUGGUGUUUAUGGGCUGAGGACUGAACUCAAUUUAACCCAGAGAGCUAUUCAAUCAGCUAUUGUACAGAUUUUUGUCAUUUAUCAGCACCUUGAAAACAAAUUGAAAGUUUUUUUCCACAAAUGAAAGAUAUUACCUGUGAACACUCUAUGGUUUUGUCACAAGUUACAACAUGGUUAGGAGCUGAAGCUGAGGUGACAGAGGUUGGUGGCAGGGGUGUUGUUCUGAGCAUGUACUUGCCUGGCAUGUGUUACAGAAGAAUAAUAAAUCAUCCUGACUAUGCAAAAGUACUAACAUUGCCCUAAAAAACUGGCCAGUCAUUAACCCUGCACAGGAUACUCUUGUUAAAAAAAUACACAUAAAUAUAUUGAUUUCUAAAUGUUAUUAACCCUCUCUUAAAAGUCAAGCCUAAAUCUUCCUGAGUAAAUUCACUGAGGCUCUGCUGCCCUCUAGCAAAAGAUGUGCUGAAUAACACAGUCACACAGCACUAUAUUGCCAUGACAGCAAUGAUUGCUGACGUUCCCGUUUGAAAUCCACACACAGAGCAGAAUCUGAGGAUACAUGUAUUCUGGCUUUCUUGGGAAGAAAUCACAUUAAUAGAUCUGUGUGCUUUUCAAUGCUGUAAAUUAAAGUUUCGAUUACUUUUGCCACAGCUGUGUUCUGAAUAAUGAUCAAAUAAAAGACGUCAUAUUCCUGUGUACAAGUAA